UUACUUCUCGCCGUUUUGGCAAGUUUGGCAACAACUUUGCUCGUAAAAUAGUUUAUAUUCGCUUUAAUAAUUUAAAUUUAUCAUAAAAAGUGAAUUACUCAUUACAGUUUAACUUUGAAUUCGGUGUUUAAUCACGCGUGCUUCAAAAAAUGACAAUGGAUUUGUAUCGGUUGCGUGAUAGAUUCGAACAACUUUGCCGGUUCUGCCUGUCGGAAGAUGGCUGCAUACCGAUUUUCACCGAAGACCUUCAACUGAACGAUCAACUGGCCAGCUUGCUGGACAUUCUGUUAGCCAAAAUCGACGAUGAAGACGGUUUCCCGAACAAUAUAUGCGCAAAGUGUGUCUAUUGCGUGGCGCAGUUUGUCCAGUUCGAAGCGACAUGCGAAAAGUCUUACGAUACUCUGGGUAGGAUUCUGGAUUUGCCAAGUCCGGAGCGGGUUGAAAGCCCAAUUAAAGCUGAAUCCGCACCUGUAGAGUGCAUGGAACCUGAAGCUGUGGAAGAAUAUCUCAUAGAAAAGGCUUCUCAAGAUACAGAAGAGGACUGUAUUAUGGACGAAGACGAAGUGCUGGUUGAACGAUUGGAAGAUGAGCCAGUGUCUGUAGCUGAAGAGCAUAUUGAUGUACAAGAGGAAGGUGUACGAUAUAACUCGGAAGAAGAUAGAACCAGUCCUAUUGAAAACACGUCUUACAGUAUAACCGCCGAGCAACAGCAAAUGCUAGACGCAGCUAUGCAAGUUCAAUCGUCUGGAUUCAUCAAACGAGGAACUCGGUCAAUUCCUAUAGUUGAGUGCAUAUAUUGUAAAAAUACCUACCGUGGUCGCAACACCCUGAAGAAGCAUCUACGAAUCCAUCUUAAUAUCAAAGACAAUCAAUGUUCGUAUUGUCCGAGGACCUUCACUGACCGAAGUUCGCUCAGAAUUCACGAGGGGCGCCAUACCGGAAAGACCUUCAGAUGUCCUCAUUGUGAUAAAGAGUAUUACAGCCAGAACGAACUUCGGCAGCACAAAACGAUGCAACAUUUGGAGAGGAAAUACACGUGUGGAACGUGCCAGAAAAAGUUCCCCUCCAAAACCAUACUGAACGAUCACUAUCGGGUUCACACUUUGGAAAGACCGUUCGUGUGCACGCAAUGUGGAGCCGACUUCAAGCGUAACCGAAAUCUCGUUCGCCAUCAACUGCUACACGCGAAAUACAAAGCAAAAAUCAAGCUCCAGUUGAAUUGUACGGUUUGUUCUGAAGUGUUCAACGCCCCCAAUGCACUAUUAGAACAUCUGAAAAGCAAACACUCAGAAGCACUCGAAACGCUUCGAAACGGUUCAUUCGAAUGUCCCCAGUGCGAUGUAAACAGCUUCCGAGAUAUCGAAGAGUGUCUGAAACAUCGACAGGUGCAUUAUGACUAUGAAUCUUCGUUGUCGGUGAAGAAGAGACAAUACACCCAUCGGCAGAAGGAAGCUUCCUUUGGCUGUAGUGAAUGUGGGAAAACGUUCAAAUCGAAAGCUCUUGCCACGAAACACAUUUCGACUCAUGGAGACAGUCAACACCUUAUAUGUGAUGUGCCAGAUUGUGGGCUACUGUGUAAGGAUUCAUCGUCGAUGAAAAUCCAUCGGAAAAAGUCGCACGCUAACGAAAAGGAUCCCAAAUUUUCCUAGUUUGUGACGAUCCUAUGGCAACUUUCGAGGUGUGUUCUGAGCUAUAUGCUGAAACGGAUUUUUC